AUGAGGAGCACAAUCGCCAGAUCUUGGGCAAGUUUCGAGACGCUUAGCGACGACGACCCGACAACCAGCCCCUUCAACGGAAUUGCCAGUUCCAUAAUUCAAGAUGAGUACGUCCGAUGUCGAAACAUCGCACCGCGAUCCUCCGCAACGUCGAAUAACUUCAGACUAACAACCGCCACAGCUAAGGGUACCGCGAGUUUCGGAAAGCGUCACAACAAGACGCACACUUUGUGCCGUCGUUGUGGCAAGCGGUCUUUCCACAUCCAGAAGUCGACCUGUGCCAACUGCGGCUACCCUGCUGCCAAGACCCGCAAGUUCAACUGGGGUGAGAAGGCCAAGCGCCGCAAGACCACCGGCUCCGGCCGCAUGCGCUCCCUGCGUGAUGUCCACCGCCGCUUCCUCAACGGCUUCCAGACCGGUACCCCCAAGGGUGCCCGCGGCCCCGUGACCAACUAGAUUCCCUUUUUCGUCUGCUCGGCGUCGCGUUUUCGUUAUCGGAGAGGCUGGAAUAGGAAUGAGGGGAGGGAUCCUGGCAUGACAUGAAUUAGCAUUACGGGAUAGCAUUACUCGAAAUGCAAUGGCAGUUCCGGACUCUUAUCGCUUUCCCGUGGAGUUGGUGUGUGCAACAGUCGAUCACGGUGGUUCUCUUUGCCACGCCAAUGAUGACAAAGUAGAAC